AGGCUGAGACCCGUUGGCCGCUGGCUCUGGACCUGCUCGCCCGGAUGGGGGAGGCCCGCGUGCGGGCGAACACUAUCGCGCACAGUGCCCUCAUCGGAGUCGCAGCGAAGGGGCAGCGGUGGGCGCUGGCCUCGUGCCUGCUGGCCAGGAUGCUUCGCGAGGGCCCGCGCCCGAACGAGAUCUCGUGCGUGGCGGCGCUGGGCGCGACGGAGGCGGCUGGGCAGGCGUGCGCCGCCUUGGCAGCAGCCCUGGCGAUGCGCCGCUGCGCAGUGAGGCGCUUGGGCAGGGGUCACGCUGGCGGGGAGGCUGUGUCGGAGGAGCCCGUGGUUUGCGCUCUGGAGGAGCUGAUUGGCCUGCCGCGCGUCUCGAGCCACGAGGUCCGCAUCCUUCAGAGGCGCGUCCACUCCCCGGUCGUGCGGGGCCUCGCGGCCGCCGGCGGGGGCGCCGGGGCGGCCGGCGGCUCCGCGCUCCUGCGGGCCGUGACGGGCCUCGGGGCGCUGGGGGUGAGGGAGGCUCUCGGCCGCCUGGCUCUCGGUGCCGCCGGCGCCCCCGCGGCUGUGGCCGUGGCGCGCGCCGCCGCGCCGCGGCGCCGAC